CCCGGAAGUCCCUUCCUCCUGAGACUGCCCUUGGCACCUCGUCCAUUCACUGACUUCCCAGCAGCUUCUGGCCAGACAUCGACCACGUAAAACUCCUCGACAGGCCUCAAAGCCCUUCAUGCCCCGUCCCCGUCCCUUCCCUUCCUUCCCCCUCUCUUCCCUGCACUAAUUCUGGCCCUCUCACCCUCUCUCCGUCACCUCUCUCCAAGCCUCAGCUCUAGGAUUCCCUGGGACCCCUUUGGCUCAAGCUGUGCCCAGGGGUUCGGCCCUCUGCUUUCGCUCCUUCUGACGCGGUUAGCGGUCGCCGAUGUGCUCGUUUCCUGCACAGGAGCUUGCUUCUCUCCCCCCCGGGAAGCGUCACCUCCACCCCGUCCUUCUGCUCCAGCCUCAGGAGGGCCCUGGAUGCCUCGCAGUGCUCCGUCCUGCCCCGGGGCCUUUGCACAGGUGACCUCUUCCGCCUGAAGCCCUCUCCAGCUCUCCACCCCUCGGCUGACUCGGUCUCCCAGCCAGGACUCCGGGUGGCCCCUGCUUCUGGCCAUGGACUCGGCUGGUUGCUUCCUGGCGUCUGUCUACCGAGAUGUGGCUCAUCCGGCCGCUUGUGGAUAAUUGAUUGGUCAGGCCUAAAGCAAUGGCAGGCGCACGGGAGGUGCUCAACGAGCAAGCAUUGAUUGUGCACCCGCUGUAUACCCACCCUCUUCUGGGCAACAGCAUCUGGUGCGGCGAGGCCCGCCCAAAGACCCUGGCUCUCGUGGGGGACCCAGCAUCCGGUGACGCUACACAGAGACAGUGGCUGUAAGUAGAUGUCGUCCCCUGCCUGUGCCAUGGGUCCCCUGGACAGCGUGGAACUCCUUGACCUGCUGUUUGACCAGCAGGAUGGCAUCCUGAGAAAUGUAGAGCUGGCUGAGGGCUGGAGCCUCGCCUCGGAGGGGCAGAAGGUUCUACCACAUUCUGACUCUGAUGACUUCCUGACUUCCAUCCUGGGGCCUGGAGACUCUGACCCCAGCUCCCCCCUAUGGUCCCCCGCCGACAGCGACAGUGGCAUCUCCGAGGAUCUACCCUCAGAUCCCCAGGACACCCCUCCCCGUAGUGGCGCUGGACCAGCUGACACGGCAGCCAGGGGUCAUCCAAGCCAGCAAGGCAAGGGGCCCUGCCCCUCCUACCUGCCCAGGACCCCGUGCCCUGUGCCUCCAAGGACACAAGUCCUUGAGUCCUCCGUGGCUAUUGACCUGGACAUGUGGAGCACGGACACGCUGUACCCAGAGGAGCAGACCGGCUCGCCCUCUCGCUUCAACCUCACCGUGAAGGAAUUGCUGCUAUCUGGUGGCGGUGGGGACUUGCAACAGCAUUCCUUGGCCGCCUCCCAGCUCCUGGGGCCUGGGAAUGGGCAUUGCCAGGAGCUGGUGCUGACGGAGGAUGAGAAGAAGCUGUUGGCUAAAGAGGGGGUGACCCUCCCCACCCAGCUGCCUCUCACCAAGUAUGAGGAGCGAGUGCUGAAAAAAAUCCGCAGAAAGAUCCGGAACAAGCAGUCAGCCCAGGAAAGCAGGAAGAAGAAGAAAGAAUACAUCGACGGUCUGGAGAGCCGGAUGUCAGCGUGUACCGCCCAGAACCAGGAGCUGCAGAGGAAGGUUUUGCAUUUGGAAAAGCAGAAUCUGUCCCUUCUGGAGCAGCUGAAGCACCUGCAGGCCCUGGUGGUCCAGUCCACCAGUAAGCCCGCCCACGCGGGCACCUGCAUAGCGGUCCUUCUGCUGUCCUUCGUCCUGAUCAUCCUCCCCUCCAUCAGCCCUUUCACCUCCAACAAAGCCGACAGCCCCGGAGAUUUCGCGCCAGUGCGAGUGUUUUCCAGGACCCUCCACAACCACGCCGCUCCCCGCGUGGCUCCCGACGUCACCCCCGGGGCCGAGGUCCCAGGACCCUGGCCCGACGCCGGCACGCCCCACCAAGGGCCUCCCUCCGGCAGCCUCGCUGCAGACUGGGGCAAUUUUCUGGAAAUGCCAAUGCUGGGCGGCCCGACGGAAGAGCUGGACAACUCCACCCUGCUGCUGGUCAACUCCACGGAGGAGCUGGGCAGGGCGGCCCUGCUGGCCUGGCUGCAGCCGCUGCUCGGCCCAGGCCGGGUGGGGCUGCAGAUGGCCGAGGAGCAAAUGUGGCUGUCCUGGAUCCCCACGUGGCUCAGGGUCCGUCUGCUGCAGGGUGCCCUGGGAGAGCUGUGACGGGCGGUGACGGGCCCAGACUCACGGACAACCCCCGGCCUGACGGAGCCUCCUGGAGGUGCUGACCCACAGAUUAGGUGGAAGUGGGGCCGCCAGGCACGAAGACGUGAAGAGCCUGGUGUAGGACAUGGCCUAGAUCCCCUUACCCAGACAGACAGACACUUUACACAUAAUCUCGAUCCCCAACUCUCCCUUGAUCACCGGGCAGAUGCAGAGCCUGUGGGGGCCAGGUUUCAACACGGGCUGCGGCUGGACUUUAGAGGGGGUCCUGCCCGAGGACAGCCAUCUUCCUCUUUUCUUUCAGGGAUAGGGUCUCACUCUGUAGACCAGGCUGUCCUUGAACUCACAGAGACGCGCCUGCCUCUGUCCUGAGUGCUGGGAUCACGGGCCUGUGCCACCUGGCUGAUCCCUCCUUUUCUAAGACUGUGUCAUUUUCAAUAAAGUAUUUUGGCAAUA